ACUUCUUAGACAAUAUAUUAUUUACGCGUAUAAAGGUAUAUUGUAAUUAUAAUGUUAAGAGCAAAUUUAUAUUUGAAAAACGCUCCCAAUUCAAAAUUAAAUAAACAUACAAUAUGUUUUUAUACAACCGAGCAAAGAAAUAUAAAUCCAAAAAAUAAUAAUGUUCCACUAUUUGAUCAAAUUGAUUUAGAAAAAAUUUCAAAUAAUAGUAAUGUUAAUAAUAGUAAAAAAGAAUCUAAAGAUGACACAAAUAAAACUAAUGAGAAACAAAACUUUAGUUUCUUUUUAAAUUAUAAACCAAAGAAACAAUCACAAACUCAAAUACCUCAAAUUCCACAAAUUCCCAAUAAAUCACAACCAUCACCACAGCCACCACAAUCACAAUUAUUUAAUCUUCCUCCAAUUAAUUUACCACCAAUUAAUUUACCACCAAAAGCACAACAACAACAACAACAACAACAGCAACAACCAAAGCAACAACCAAAUAAUCCAUUCCCAUUUAAUAUGUUUAAAACACCAAAUAAUCCAAAUUUAAAUAACAAUAACAACAAUAAUACUAAUAAUAAUAAUACAAAUAUAAAUACUGGCACAGCCAACAAUGAUACCAAUGUAAAACCCAACAAUCCAUUUUUAGAAUAUUUAAAGUCAAAUACAUCCAACAAUGAUGCAAAACAGAGUGAUCCAUUUGGUUUUGCUAAAUUCAAUUUUGCAUCACCACAAGCAACUGCACCAAAUAAAUUUGAAAUUCCAAAAAUACCAAUUAAACCAACACAACCACCAAAACCAAUGAAACCAACAAUUUUAGAAACUUUAGCUCAAGAAACAGAAAAAAUAGUAACAGAAACAAAAGCACCAACAGUAGAAAAGGCAGCACCAUCACCAAAUAUUCCAAGAUUUGAUAUUGAGGUUAAAAAACAAGUUAAAGAAGUAAAAGAAACAAAAGAAACUAAAGAGUUUGAAAAGAAAAAACCAAAAGAGCUAAGCCAAGAAGAUCUAGAAAUUAAAAAGAAAAGAGAUAGACACAGAAGGAUGAUUGAAAAUUUUGAUCCAAUAUUUAGAGUUUAUAAACCAAUAAGAAAUGAAUAUGGUGAAGAACAAAAACUAUCAGUUAAGGAAAUUGUUUUACCAGAUACUGUUACUGUUGAAAAUUUGGCACCAUUAAUUGGACAAUCAAUGAAAGAGUUAAUUAAAUGGCAAAUCAAGGCAAUGUUAAAACCAACUAGUAGAUAUGAACCAAUUGAAGAUGAUAUUUUACAAUUGAUGGCACAAGAUUAUCUCUUUGAGGCAUCAAGAUAUCAAGAUAGGGAUGUGGUUUUACAAAGCUCAUCAAAAGAACUUAAAGAGAAGCCAGAUCCAAGUUGGCCAUCACGUCCACCAAUUGUUACAGUAGUAGGUCAUAUUGAUCACGAUAAAGAAGCUGGUAGAAUCACUCAACAUAUUGGUGCAUUUGAAGUCAAAUGUUCAGGUAAAAACAUUACAUUUAUGGAUACUCCAGGUCAUGCCGCUUUCGCAACAAUGAGAGAAAGAGGUGUCAGUAUGACCGAUAUUGCAUUGUUAAUUGUAGCUGGUGAUGAUGGUGUUCAAGAGCAAACUAUUGAAGCAAUUAAAGCAAUCAAGAAAUCAGGUUCUCAAAUGGUUGUAGCAAUUAAUAAAAUGGAUAAGCCGGGCAUUGAUGCAAAUCUUAUUCGUUACGAAUUAGCAGAGCAUGGUGUAAAUUGUGAAGGUAUUGGUGGAGAGGUUCCUUGUGUAGAAAUAUCAGCUAAAACUGGUUUGGGUGUUGAUAAACUUAAAGAAACUAUUAUUUUACUCUCAGAUAUCAUGGAAUUAAAAGCACCCACAAAAGAUGUUCAACCUUCAGGUGUUGUAAUCGAAAGUACAUUUAAAAAGAAUAGAGGCACCUUUUCAACUAUUCUCGUUCAAAAAGGUGUUCUUAAACAAGGUGAUUGGUUCAUUUGUGGUGAAUCAUAUGGUAAAGUAAAAGAAAUGAGAAAUCCAACCGGAGCAGUUAUUAAAGAAGGUAAACCAGGUCAACCAGUAGAGAUCUUUGGCUUUAAAGAAGGCUCACCAAACCCAAAUGACGAGUUAUUUGUAUUUAAAACUCAAAAAGAAGUCGAUGAACUCAUCGAAAUUAGAAAAGAAAAGAGAAUUCGUAGUGAUACCCAGAUAGAAAUGAAUAAAAUGGCAUAUGGUAAUCAAGAACCAACAGCAGAGGAGAUAGAGGAACAAGAGGCUGCUGAUGAAGAGGAGUUACAUGAUGGUGUUAAAAAGAAAUUUGUCAAGUUUUAUGUAAAAGGUGAUGUUACAGGCUCAGCUGAAGCUUUAGUAACAAUGUUGGGCACAUUACCAAAAGAUCCAGAGAUUUAUAGUAAAAUUAAAAAAGUUGGUUAUGGUGAAGUCACAGAAACCGAUAUUAAAGAUGCUACCUUUAUGAACACACCUAUCAUUUAUUUUGGCUCCAAGUUAAAUCAAAAGAUUUUGGAUUCAACUAAACGUUCAGGAGUCCAUGUUAUUCAAUCAGAUAUUAUCUACCAUGUUUUCGAAAAUGUUAAAGAGUACUUGGAAGGUUUACUCGAACCAACAGUAGUGUAUAAUGUUACUGGUGAGGCCAAAGUAUCAAAAGUUUUCCAUAUCAAUAACAAUAAAGACACCGUCGCUGGUAGUGUAGUAGAAAGUGGUAUCCUUAAAAAAGGUUCAAGAAUUAAAAUCUUUAGAGAUGGCGAAGUUGUUUAUGACGAUCGUAUCGAACUUAUUAAACACUUUAAGGAAACUGUCAAAGAAGUUACAAAGGGUCAAGAGUGCGGUAUCACAUUACGUGAUUUUAAUGAUCUCAAAGAAAAUGAUAAAAUUUUAGCUUACACUCCAGGUCAAGAAAAAAGAAAAUUGGGUCAUUUUGUUAAAAGUAGAUUAGUAUAUAAUAAAUAAAUUAAAUAAUAAAGUUUUUUAUCUU